AUGUUAUCAACAAGGACGAAGGGCGCUAUAUGUCUAGGUAGAAAGACGCAUAUUGGUGCCAAAACAUUAACUUUAGGCCAAAAUUAUACAACUUCUUCUCAUGCUCAUACGACUACGAAUCAAAGACCAGAACCUGAUAAGAUUUUGAAAGACAUUGCGGAUUAUGUGCAUCAAGCCAAAAUCACGUCCCAGGUCGCCCUUGAGACCGCCAAACUCUGUCUUUUAGAUACACUAGGUUGUGGAUUAGCAGCUUUAAAACAUCAACAAGCUAGAGAUAUUAUCACGCCCAUUGUUCCCGAUACAAUAAUACCCAAUGGUACUAAAGUAUUGGGAACCAAUUACAAAUUAGGUCCAGUAGAAGGUGCCUUUGCCAUUGGAACGUUAAUACGUUGGUUAGAUUACAACGAUUGUUGGUUGGCGGCUGAAUGGGGUCAUCCUUCAGAUAAUUUAGGGGGUAUAUUAGCGGUUGCAGAUUACUUGACAAGACUUUCUAGGGCUACCAGCGGUAAAGAAGGUAAAGUUUUCACUGUUGGUGAUGUUCUAGAAGGAAUGAUAAAAGCUCAUGAGAUUCAAGGUGUUAUUGCAUUGGAGAACUCUUUUAAUUCUGUUGGAUUAGACCAUGUAGUAUUAGUCAAAGUUGCAACUACCGCUGUAGUUUCCAAAAUGCUCGGUUUAGAUGAACAACAGACUAUUGCAGCUAUAUCUCAAGCAUUUGUUGACGGGCAGUCUUUAAGAACUUAUAGACAUGCCCCAAAUACUGGUUCGAGAAAAUCUUGGGCGGCUGGUGAUGCUGUUUCUAGAGCAGUAAAUCUGGCAUACCUGAUCAAAAAGGCAGACGUUGGUUUGAUACCUUCAGUAUUGACUGCUCCAACUUGGGGAUUCUAUGAUGUUCUGUUCAAAAGUAAACCCUUUUCUUUUAAGCAAAGAAAUCAGUUUGGAUCCUAUGUCAUGGAAAAUAUAUUAUUUAAAAUAUCAUUUCCAGCAGAAUUUCAUGCCCAAACAGCUGCAGAAGCCGCCAUGAAAGCUCAUGUUACAUUGAAACAGAUGGGUAAAACAUUCCGAGAUGUUAAAUCCGUGCGAAUUAGGACUCAAGAAGCCGCCGUAAGAAUUAUUGAUAAAUCAGGCCCUCUUUACAACUAUGCUGACAGAGACCACUGUAUCCAGUACAUGACUGCGGUGCCCUUAAUAUACGGAAGACUAACAGCUGAAGAUUAUACAGAUGCUAUUGCUAAAUACCCAGAGAUUGAUGAAUUGAGAUCCAAGAUGUAUUGUAUUAAAGAUGAUCAAUUCACCCUGGACUACCAUAAUCCUGCAAAAAGAUCCAUUGGGAAUGCCUUGCUCAUUGAGCUUAAUGAUGAUACCAAACUUGAUGAAAUUGUUGUUGAGUAUCCCAUUGGCCACAGAUUAAGAAGAAAAGAAGGUAUACCGUUAUUGUUGAAUAAAUUUAAGACUCAUUUAAAUGAGCAUUUCUCCAAUUCGCCGGGAAGGGCAGAGGAGAUAUAUAUCAAAAGUCAGAAAUCAGAUUUGGAAAGCACACCAAUAGAUUCCUACAUGGAUCUCUAUUGGGGUUGA